GUGGCCUGUGCCGCUUUCCGCUGUGCUGCUACGCUUGAGGCUGCACUGGAUGCAGGUCUUCGGACGGAGGCACAUGAUGAAGGAGCCAUCCGAAGUGCAGCUACCGACUUCGAGGGACAGUUCAAAAAAGCUGAGCAGAAGCUGCGCGAGGUUAUGAGCAAAAGGUGGCCAGAUGUGGAAUCUCCCAGCCAGGCACUAAGCGCCAUUCAGGACUUGGAGAAAGUGGCCAGCACGCCCACGCUUGACGGCCAGGGGUCUGCACUCCGACGUGCUUGGCUCUUCCAGCUUCAUCGCUUGCAGGUGCCUUUUGCCUAUGGCUUGGCGUCCUGCAGGGUUGCAAAAGAGCCUGCAGCGCCACCAGAGCGAACACAUUCGGAGCCAUCUCCUUCAUCUUCACCAGCGGAAGAAGAUGGAGCCAUGGCAGCGCUGAUGCGAUUGCAGAACCGGAAGACAAAGGACAAGCAGGAGGAGGCAAAGGAGGUGGAGCCGGUGACUGCAGAGGCCACAGCCAUUGAAGAUCCAGUACCUGCAGACGAGGAGAACCGCAAAGGGGUAGAUGCAGAGGCACUGCUGCCCUGGGAGAUAUUCCAAUCUGAGCGCACGCGCUGGGAGCCGCUUCGGUGCCGUCUGCUUGGAAUCGCAGCCGCUCUGGCGCGUACUGCCAGCCUUCCAGCGUUGCCAGCACUUCCGGAGGAGCUGCUGCGUGUGGCAAAGAACAUCGAGGUCAGCUUGAGCCGAAGCAUCACCAGUGGCGAUGCAGACCCGGUGAUCUUUUGGGAGGCCCUGCGAGACAGCGUUGACCCCAUCCUGGCAGUCCUCGAUCAGCUGCAGGCACAAGCAGUUCUGGCUACCUCGUCUAUUCACGAUGAGGAGGAGCCACCUCGAGACCUUCGACCCUCCCGGCGCUUCGUAGACCCGCCGUGCUGGGCCUUCUGCAGCUUGGAGGUGCAAAAGCGCAUUGAAGAGAUCGAUGUGAAGCAGCGUGAGGUGCGUGAGGUGCAGAAGCAGCUCACAGAGCAGAAGAAGCACCUUACAGAGGCAGAAGAGGAGCUCCACCGGGCGGAGAAGCGAGGCCAGGACUUACGUGAAAACCUGGAGGACCAGGCAGCUUGUGAGGAUCUCCAGGCCUCAGAGAAGACCCUGAGGGCUGAGGUGGCCACAAGUGCGGCGGCACAGGCCGCCCUACUCCGCGAGGUUGACCAGGCACGUACACGCGGAGACGAGCUGGAGCGUGCUAGCAAGGAAGAAGCCAAGCGUCAAGACAGAUUGGAGAAGGACAUCGAAGCAGUGCGACAGCGCCCAAAACGUGACGAGGAUGGCCGAGCCACAGCUCCAGAGCUCGCCGCGCUGCGCGUUGCGCAGAAGAAGGGCGCCCAAGAGCUCUAUGCGCUCCAGGUGGCAGGCUGUGAGGCUUUGCGGCCUUUGCCAGUCGCGGCGGCUCCAACCUUCCCCCAGGUAGCACUGGAGGAUUGCGCUGGCAAGUACGCAACUUUGCGCAAGGGCUUGCUGAAGGAGUGCACCCAAGCGCGGAUCUCGAAGCUUCCACAAGCGCUGGCUGAGCUGGAGGAUGGCUCCAGCAAUUUGCAGCUGCUUCAGCUGAAGCUGGCAGAGAUCAGGGCCGAAUGGUAUGCGCUGAACAGUGAACCUGUCAGCGUCAUGCAACCACGAAGAUUACUGCGGCAUCCUUGCACGU